GUGACUACUUACUAGUUCGGAGGAUAAGCCAACAUACAACUCCACCCCAACUUCUUCCUAUCUCUCCAACUCUAAACUCUGCUUAGCUGAGCUUCUUCAGCAUAUAUAUUCCCUCCUCUAAACAUUACAGAACCUAGCUUCCUCUACGCAAUCGAACUCAAUGAAAAUGAAUCCCUUAUCCACGAAAGUCACAAGCAAUUCGCAUGGCCAAGACUCCUCCUACUUCCUCGGAUGGGAAGAGUACGAAAAGAAUCCUUACCAUGAGACCCGCAAUCCCAAAGGAAUCAUCCAAAUGGGUCUCGCCGAAAAUCAGCUCUCCUUCGAUCUCCUCGAGUCCUGGUUGGCUCAGAACCCGGAAGCCGCUGCCUUUAAGGGUGACAAUGGAGGCCAAUCCAUUUUCCGGGAGCUUGCACUAUUUCAAGAUUAUCACGGCCUUCCUUCCUUCAAGAAGGCUAUGGUUGACUUUAUGUCAGAAAUCAGGGGAAACAAGGUCUCAUUCGAUUCCGACAACCUCGUCCUCACCGCCGGCUCAACUCCGGCCAACGAGACGCUGAUGUUCUGUCUCACCAAUCCCGGCGACGCUUUCCUGAUCCCCACCCCAUACUACCCAGGAUUCGACAGAGACUUGAAAUGGAGGACCGGAGCAGAGAUUGUUCCCAUUCAGUGUUUCAGCUCCAACGGGUUCAGGAUCACUGAGUCAGCACUGCAAGAAGCUUACUUAUCGGCCCAAAAGCGCAACCUUAAAGUCAAAGGGGUUCUAGUCACCAACCCAUCCAACCCACUGGGAACAGCUUUGACCCGAGCAGAGCUCGACCUGCUCAUCACUUUCAUAGACGAGAAGGGAAUCCAUCUGAUCAGCGAUGAGAUCUACUCCGGCACAGCUUUUGACUCCCCUGCCUUCAUCAGCGCCACGGAGGUUCUCACAGAAAGGAUUCAAAACAAAACUGUCACCCAUGACAGUGUGUGGGAUCGGGUCCACAUCGUCUACAGCCUGUCAAAGGAUCUCGGGCUCCCGGGUUUUCGGGUCGGGGCAAUUUACUCCAACGACAAAAUGGUGGUGUCGGCGGCUACAAAAAUGUCGAGCUUCGGCUUGGUCUCUUCUCAAACGCAGCACCUUCUAUCCGCCAUGCUAUCCGACAAGAAGUUCACGAAGAAGUACUUGACAGAAAACCAGAGAAGGCUGAAGCAGAGACACGCGAUGUUGGUGGCCGGACUCCGGGAAACCGGAAUCGAGUGCCUGGAAAGCAACGCCGGACUGUUCUGCUGGGUGGACUUGAGACAUCAUCUAACCUCACAAACGUUCGAGGCGGAAAUUGAACUGUGGAAGAAAAUCGUUUACCAAGUGGGGCUAAACAUUUCGCCCGGGUCUUCUUGCCAUUGUACCGAACCGGGUUGGUUCAGAGUCUGCUUUGCCAACAUGUCGGAGGAAACGCUGAGUUUGGCAAUGCAACGGGUAAGGUCGUUCGUAGCGACGGCGAGGGCACCCGCGGCGGCGGCCCGUUCGAUGUGCCGUCAAGAUUCAAUGAAGAAGAAGGGGGACGGGUUGAACAAAUGGGUUUUCCGGCUAUCGUUUAAUGACCCUGAGAGGGAACGAUAGACUGGGUAGUUAUCUUUGGCUAAUUUAGCUUAAUUAGGCAUAAGAUGAGGUUUUUUCCCAUGAUGUUUCAUAAAUCCUUCCAAAUUUUUCCAACACUUAACGAGUGUUGUGUCCUUUUACUCAAUAUAUCCUUCGGUUUUGAGUCAUAAUUCUGGUUCUUAAUAGUUAGUUCCCUAUGCGAUUAUCCUGUUAUGUUCUUUGUUUUCGCGUUAUCAACUGAGCAUUGAUUUGGGGUAAU